CAAGAGUGUGUUUCCGGGUUGAGUCCGGGAGGUGGGAGGGGGCGGCGUUUCCGGCCGCCGUCGCUGUCCAGGGAGGCUGAGGCCAGAGUGAGCUGUCCGGGUGGGGAGCCCGCAUUGCCUUCUUCCUUUUCCUCCUCCCCCGGGUGAGGGGAGCGAAGGUUGGGGCCCCGACCCCAUGGACCUGGAGGAGGCGGAGGCCGCCGAGAGCCGGGGCCCCGCUUUGUGGCCUUGAGCCCCGUGGACUGGUUCUGCCUGUCUGGAAGGCCAUGGAGAAGCUGGGAAUCAAGCCAAGCCGUGCUUCUUGGAUUUUAUCAGGAUUUUGUUGGCAGACAUCUGUGAAGUGGUUGAAAAGCUUGUACCUGUUUUAUAUUUGCUUCUGCUUCAGUGCUCUGUGGCUGUCAGCAGAUGCCAAGGAGAGCAGGUGCCAGCAGGCGAAGACACAGUUUGGAGUUGGCCUGAGAUCUGGGGGAGAAAAUCACCUCUGGCUUCUUGAAGGAACCCCCUCUCUGCAGACAUGUUGGGCUGCCUGCUGCCAGGACUCCGCCUGUCAUGCCUUUUGGUGGUUAGAAGGGAUGUGCAUUCAGGCAGACUGCAGCAGGCCCCAGAGCUGCCAGGCUUUUAGGACAGACUCUUCCAAUUCUGUGCUGGUGUUUUUAAAAAAAUUCCAAACUGCAGAUGACCUGGACUUUCUACCUGAAGAUGAUGUACCACAUAUUCUGGGGCUAGCUUGGAGCAGGGUAUCUUGGAGGAGGCAGAGCCCACCCAGAACUCCACCCAGACCUACUUUAUCUUCCAGUGACCAGCAGAGCUUCAUCAGGAAGCUUCGGAAGAGAGAGAGCCCCAGUGAAGAAGUAGCUACAGUGACACAGCCUUCUAAAAUGAAUGAGCAAGGUGAUCUGAAUACCACUAGCUCUGCAGAGGUCCACAACACAGAUACAAUUUCUAAUCCCUUAACCACAGAUCUGACUGCGAAGAUUCCUGGUUGGUCAAAUGUAUCAGUUCAACCUGAGGCAUCAGAGAACCCGGGUGCUACUCCUAGCAUUCAGCAAGUAACAAUCCCUGGGAAAAUCCUGAUUGCUACCCCUCUGCCAGUGGCUCCCUCCUCCAGUUAUGCCACCUCUACCCCUCAGGCCUCUUUCCAGAGCACCUCAGCACCAUACCCAGUUAUAAAGGAACUGGUGGUAUCUGCUGGAAACAGUGUCCAGAUUACCUUGCCUAAGAAUGAAGUUCAGUUAAAUGCAUAUGUUCUCCAAGAGCCAGUUGCAGGAGAAACCUACACCUACGACUGGCAGCUGAUUACUCAUCCUAAAGACUACAGUGGAGAAAUGGAAGGGAAACAUUCCCAGAUCCUCAAACUAUCCAAGCUCACUCCAGGCCUGUAUGAAUUCAAAGUGAUUGUAGAUGGUCAAAAUGCCCACGGGGAAGGCUAUGUGAAUGUGACAGUGAAACCAGAGCCCCGUAAGAAUCGGCCUCCUGUUGCCAUUGUGUCACCACAGUUCCAGGAGAUCUCUCUGCCAACCACUUCUACAGUCAUUGAUGGCAGCCAAAGCACGGAUGAUGAUAAGAUCGUCCAGUACCAUUGGGAAGAACUUAAGGGACCUCUGAGAGAAGAGAAGAUUUCUGAAGAUACGGCCAUAUUAAAACUAAGUAAGCUCGUCCCUGGGAACUACACUUUCAGCUUGACUGUAGUAGACUCUGAUGGAGCUACCAACUCUACCACUGCAAGCCUGACAGUGAACAAGGCUGUGGAUUACCCCCCUGUGGCCAAUGCAGGCCCCAACCAAGUGAUCACCCUGCCCCAAAACUCCAUCACCCUCUUUGGGAAUCAGAGCACUGAUGAUCACGGCAUCACCAGCUAUGAGUGGUCACUCAGCCCAAACAGCAAAGGGAAAGUGAUGGAGAUGCAGGGUGUUAGAACACCGACCCUGCAGCUCUCUGCCAUGCAAGAAGGAGACUAUACUUACCAACUCACAGUGACUGACACAAUAGGACAGCAGGCCACCGCUCAAGUGACUGUUAUUGUGCAGCCUGAAAACAACAAGCCUCCACAGGCAGAUGCAGGUCCAGAUAAAGAGCUGACUCUUCCCAUGGAUAGCACAACCCUGGACGGCAGCAAAAGCUCAGAUGAUCAGAAAAUUAUCUCAUAUCUCUGGGAAAAAACACAGGGACCUGACGGGGUACAGCUUGAGAAUGCUAACAGCAGUGUCGCCACUGUGACUGGGCUGCAAGUGGGAACCUACGUGUUCACCUUGACCGUCAAGGAUGAGAGGAACCUGCAAAGCCAGAGCUCUGUGAAUGUCAUUGUCAAAGAAGAAAUGAACAAACCACCUAUAGCCAAGAUAACUGGGAAUGUGGUAAUUACCUUGCCCACAGACACGGCAGAGCUGGACGGCUCCAAGUCCUCAGAUGACAAGGGAAUAGUCAGCUACCUCUGGACUCGAGACGAGGGGAGCCCAGCUGCAGGGGAGGUGUUAAAUCACUCUGACCACCGCCCUGUCCUCUUUCUUUCCAACCUGGUUGAGGGAACCUACGCAUUUCACCUGAAAGUGACUGAUGCGAAGGGUGAGAGUGACACAGACCGGACCACUGUGGAGGUGAAACCUGAUCCCAGGAAAAACAACCUGGUGGAGAUCAUCUUGGAUGUCAACGUCAGUCAGCUAACUGAGAGGCUGAAGGGGAUGUUCAUCCGCCAGAUUGGGGUCCUCCUGGGGGUGCUGGAUUCCGACAUCAUUGUGCAAAAGAUUCAGCCGUACACGGAGCAGAGCACCAAGAUGGUAUUUUUUGUUCAAAAUGAGCCUCCUCACCAGAUCUUCAAAGGCCAUGAGGUGGCAGUGAUGCUCAAGAGUGAGCUGCGGAAGCAAAAGGCAGACUUUCUGAUAUUCAGAGCCCUGGAAAUCAAUACUGUCACAUGCCAGUUGAACUGUUCUGACCAUGGCCACUGUGAUUCAUUCACCAAACGCUGUAUCUGUGACCCUUUUUGGAUGGAGAAUUUCAUCAAGGUGCAGCUGAGGGAUGGAGAUAGCAACUGUGAGUGGAGCGUGUUAUAUGUUAUCAUUGCUUCCUUUGUCAUUGUUGUUGCCUUGGGAAUCCUCUCCUGGACUGUAAUCUGUUGUUGUAAGAGACAAAAAGGAAAACCGAAGAGGAAAAGCAAGUACAGGAUCCUGGAUGCCACGGAUCAGGAAAGCCUGGAACUGAAGCCAACCUCCCGAGCAGAAUAUUUGUGCACCCAUACCAUACCCUUGACAAGGGAGAAAACGGCCCUUAGCAGCUCAGCUCCAAAAGACUUGCAAACCAGCUGGAUUUGGAGACAAAGAGGGAAAGUACCCAACCCAGUUCCUCUUAACCACCUCAGGGAGAAGCCCUUGAAGUUGGGUGUGGCAGAGAUCAGCUGCUUGCCAAACCAGAGUGCUUUUCCGGGACACAAAUCACUUCAUCUCCAGCCUUCUGCACAAUAUGGGCAGAAGAGAGGUGUUCCAUCUUCAGCCCUGACCCAUUAGAAACUUCUGUGUGACGCCCCCCUCCUCCAUCUGCUGGCCAGAUGCAGAGGAGCACUCGGGGGACUCUGAGGCCAUGGGAGAGACAUGCAUGGUGGAGGGAGCCCAGUUCCUAAUCCACCGUUUAGAAGAGAGCUGCUCUACCAGAAUGACCGUUGGAUUGUGAUGAGAGAAAUGAACUUUAUUGUACUAACCAAUGCAUUGUUUUAAAAAAAGUAGGGGGCUUCCCUGGCUGUCCAGUGGUUAAGACUCUGCACUCCCAAUGCAAGGGGCAUGGGUUCGAUCCCUGGUCAGGGAACUAAGAUCCCACAUGACGUGCGGCGCGGCCAAAAAACAAGCGAACUAAUGGCUGGUGUUAAGAUUGUGGGCCCAGGCUCUCCUUUGACAGGCCUCCCUGGGCCCAAGUAAGCUAGCAGGGUUGACAAAGAUGCCUCAGCCCAGGGCUCUGUGACAGCCACAUGGGCUGCAGGAGGGGCGGCCAUACAGUUCUAGGUCACGUGCCCUUUGUAUGUUUUCUGAAGAGCAGACAGUAAUAACUCAGAUCCUCCCUUAGGAUAAGGGCAACAUGCCUAGGGAUCCUCGGGGGUAUGAUUACCUGUGGUGUGUGGUUUGGGAAUUUGAGGGCUUGGAGAGGAAUAAUCAGCAGCAAUCUGAAACUUAAACUAGAUCUGGGUGUGUGGGAACUUCCAAUCUGUUGAGAGGCGGUAUCUCAAUUGUUGCUAUAUCUUGUAGCCCAGAAGACUGAAGAUUUUCAAACACCCAUUUCUAUGAUUAAAAAAUAAUAAUAAUAAAAUUUAAAAAGCUUAAAGGAAGAGCCAGGACAAAUCCAGUGCAAAAAGUGUUUAAUUCAAACUUUGUGCUGUAAAUGACUACAGCAUUUUAGUAUUCAACUGGAAAUAUGGCUACAGGGAGGAAAGUCAUUAUCUUUGUAAUCUGCAGGUAACCACACACACCCUGAAUCUCUGAAGGAGUCCAGUGCCCUUAAGAAACACAAUGUCAAGAUACACUUGGAGUCAGACCUGGGCUCCCAGUUUGAACUGUAGAGCCCAAAAUGGGGAAUUGAAUCAUGGGAAUAUCUGAGUCACAUGCUUUUUCUUGGCGUUUAUUAGUUGGCUGAAUAAAUGGAAGCAGAUAAAGUGCCACGCCCUUGGAGCAGUUUAAGCUUGCCCCCAGGCAAUGCCCUCCGGGCUUCAAGUAGACUAGAUUCAAGUAGGCUGCCUCCUAGCAGCCUAGAAUCUCUCUCCUCUAAAACCCGGGGCUGCAUCUGGGGCUACAGUGACUCAUGUGCCUCUACACUCUAUAGAGCACUCAACCUCCUGCCUCCUACUUGCUUACAGGUUCAUGAGGCUGUGGAGCCAUCUCGUGUUUUAUAACACUCUUCUGAUUCUGGUGGGUUACAUGGAGACAAACCACAAGUCUCAAACACCCGUGCGUCAGACAAAGAGGGUUCCUGUCAUGCUGCCUAUAAUCUGCACGUGCUCAUCAGUGAUUAAUGCCAACAACAGGCAGCUCUGGAGAAAGCACAGACACCACUCUAUCCCUACCUUCGCUCAAAAAUCCCAAGCUAUCUCUAUCAAAAGCAUGAAGCGCUUUUAAACGUGGUACUCUUUGGAUCUAUUAAGUGCCAUAUUCUUUUUUUUUUUUUAAUAAUUAAUUAUUUAUUUUCGGCUGUGUUGGGUCUUUGUUGCUGCCUGCGGGCUUUCUUUAGUUGCGGUGAGCAGGGACUACUCUUCGUUGCGGUGCAUGGGCUUCUCAUUGCGGUGGCUUCUCUUGUUGUGGAGCACGGGCUCUAGGCACGUGGGCUUCAGUAGUUGUGACAUGUGGGCUCAGUAGUUGCGGCACACGGGCUUAGUUGGUCCGCGGCAUGUGGGAUCUUCCCGGACCAGGGCUCGAACCCGUGUCCCCUGCAUUGGCAGGUGGAUUCUUAACCACUGAGCCACCAGGGAAGCCCCAAAAUGCCAUAUUCUUGUUUGGAAAAGCAGUGUCAACUUCAGCAUUCCAAAAGUGCCCAUGUCAUCUUAUGGUGGCUGGCAUGCACUUGAAAGCAUGCCUAGGAUGAACACAGAGCCUAGCACAGACUGACCAAGCCAGGGAUGCAGAAGAGUUGGCUUCUCAAAACACGCCAGCUGAAGAGGGAAGAGGAUCUGGUCACCGCUGAGCUGACACUCCAAGGUAACCUGGCCGAAUAACCUCCCAGGUAGUGCUACUUGAGGGGGAGAAUAAAAAGAUGGAAUUAAAACACUAAACAAUGAAUGCCAUUUAAGAUAGAGGUAGGGUGGUAAUUGAAAUGAAAGUAAUCUAAGCUCCUUUCAUAGAAGGACAGUAAAAAUGCUGAUUAACUUUAGAGUUGAAGUCAGGUGUUCUUGUUAUAAAUACUGAGUAAGCCACUAAAAAUUCAGAACUAGAAUAUCUAAACCAGAAGAGGAAAAAAAAUUAAAAUACUUCAAUCAACCAAACAAAGCAGGAAUAGAGGUAAAACCGCAGCAUUAAAAAUUUGAUCACUGGGCUUCCCUGGUAGCGUAGUGGUUGAGAGUCCGCCUGCUGAUGCAGGGGACACGGGUUCGUGCCCCGGUCCGGGAAGAUCCCACGUGCCGCGGAGCGGCUGGGCCCGUGAGCCAUGGCCGCUGAGCCUGCGCGUCCGGAGCCUGUGCUCCACAACAGGAGAGGCCACAACAGUGAGAGGCCCGCGUACCGCAAAAAAAAAAAAAAAAAUUUGAUCACUUAAUAGGCAGAAGUUGUUAGAUUGGAUAUUAAAACUACCACUACCACCUCCAAACAGAAGUUAACAGAUGGGAUAUACCUGUAAAACUAUAUUCACAAGAGACACCUAAAAUAUAGCAUACAGAGAUUGAAAAUAAAAGGACAGCAAAGAUAUACUGGGGGUUUUGGUUCCUAUUAAGACAAUGAAGUAGCAUAGACUACUGGCUCCCUUCCUCAAAAAUUAACCCUAGGAAAACAAUACACCUUAGGAAAUAGCAUACAUCUGAGGAACCACCACCAAAAACCAAACCGACAAGAAAUCUCCCCCAAUCCUGUUAAGAACCCCUAGGACACUGAAGGUCAUCAGAAACUGUAGGGGCAGGUAGGACAUCAGUGAGUUUACGCUUGCUGAACAUGAGACACACAGCCAAGUCACUGGCGUCAGAGGGACACUACCGAGUCAGCCCAAAAUCUCUGCUGGGGUAAAAAGAGGGGGUGGGCCAGGCAGCUGCUCUUGGGAUUAAAACCCUUCCCCCCUCCAAAGCCCCAGGCCUGGUAGAUGACAAUUAGGAAUUGCUGCUUCUUCCUAAGGCUCUGAAAGUAAAUCUUUGAGCAGUUACUGGGAGAGUGGUUGACAGUGACUGUGAGGUACCCAGAGGUCAUUACCUUCCCCUUCUUAAUUGAAAGGGACAGCACAGAGCUUGGCCUUGACCUUUCACCAAUAAAUACUACCAGACAGAAAAGCUAAUGCUCUGGAGGGACAUGAGCUCACAGGCCAAAAUAACCAGAAUACAACCUCUGGCCCCCGAAGACAGCAAACUAAACAUAUACUCUCUAACCAAGAACUGAAAAUAAAGCAAAAUAAAAAUACAGGAAAAUAUUAGCAAUAUGAAGCAGGAACAAGAACCAAGUGAAAAUGUUAUGAAAAUAUAAUGAAUGGGAUACAGGGACAGAUACAGGUCCAACCAAUUAGUUGGAGCAUCAUCUCAAGGUCCUUUACCAAAAGGAAGCAGGAAAUGGUCAGAAGACACACACACACACACACAGCAGUCCAGCAGUAGAGUAGAAGUGCCAACAUCUGAAUAAAUGGGAGUCCAAAAAGACAAGAGAAAAAAGGAGGAAAUAUUUGAAGAAAUAAUGAGAAUAGGUUGAUCAGAAUUAAAGAAAGAUGAAGGAACUCAUGGAUGAUUAAGGAAAACGUACAACCAGAAACACUGUAGUAAGAGAUUUAAGACCACCUAAGAAAAUGAAAAAUUCUGAAAGCUCCCAGAGAGAAAUAGCAGAUCAAUUACAAAGGAGCAAGAAUCAGAUUGACAUCAGGUUUCCUAACAGUAUCCUUAGAUGAAAGAAAACAAAGGAAUCACGUUUUCAAAAUGCCAAAGGAAAAGAAUUUUGAACUCAAAAUUUAUAUCAAAACAAACCCAUUUAAACAUGAAAGUAGAAUAAAAAAUAUUCUCAGGGAUACAAAGCUUCAGAAUUUUUUCACAAUAGAUCCACCUAAAAUAUACUUAGAAGUGGUUAAAUAUGAAAAAUAAAUUUAGACAUGGGAAGACAUAUAGGAAGUAAGGGUGAGCAAAUAAAUACUUUGGCAAAGUUUGUACAGAUGGUCCCCAACUUACGAUGGUUUAAGAUUUUUCAACUUCAUGGUGGUGUGAAAGUCAUACAGAUUCAGUAGAAACCAUCUUUUGAAUUUUAAUCGUUUCCUAAGCUAGCAGUAUGUGUGUGGAAGGACACCUUCUCGUGAUGCUGGGCAGUGGCAGCUGCCACAGCUCCCAGUCAGCCACACGAUCACAAGGGUAAAACACCGACACAACUAUUUUGUAUCCAUAUAACCCAUCUGUUUUUCACUUUCAGUACCAUUUUCAAUAAAUUACAUGAGAUAUUCAACACUAUUAUAGAACAGGCUUUGUGUAAGAUGGUAUUGCCCAAUUAAUGUUAAUGCAGGCUAAUUUAAGUGUUCUGGGCACCUUUAAGGUAGGCUAGGCUAAGCUAUGAUGUUCAGGUUAGGUGUGUUAAAUGCAUUUUUUAAAAUUAAUUAAUUAAUUUAUUGGCUGCAUUGGGUCUUCAUUGCUGCAAGCGGGCUUUCUCUAGUUGAGGUGAGUGGGGGCUACUCUUCAUUGCAGUGCACGGGCUUCUCAUUGUGGUGGCUUCUCUUGUUCCGGAGCACGGGCUCUAGGUGCAUAGGCUUCAGUAGUUGUAGCACACAGGCUCAGUAGUUGUGGCUUGCAGGCUCUAGAGUGCAGGCUCAGUAGUUGUGGUGCACGGGCUUAGUUGCUCCGUGGCAUGUGGGAUCUUCCCAGACCAGGG